GCCCAUCGUAAACGUUUCAAUUUCAAUUUUUUUUCUUUUCCUUUUUCUUUGCACCAAGACUUUUUUUUUCUGAUUUGAAUGACAGUACCUGAUCAAAUGAUAGCUGAGGAUACACGAGAGGCAUUUUUGCUUUUCGAUAAAGAUAAAAAUGGAAGCAUUGAUACAUCAGAACUGGCUUGCAUCAUGAGAUCAUUCAACAUGGAUCCUACAGAAACAGAGUUGCAGGACAUGAUUCAGGAAGUCGAUGUCAAUGGGAAUGGAAUCAUUGACUACGAGGAAUUCGUUGCUAUGGUAACCAGAAAGCGUAGGGGAUCCGAGAUUCAAGAGGAAAUCAGAGAGACAUUUCGUGUGUUCGAUAAAGAUGGUAACGGUUACAUUUCUGAAACCGAAUUACGUCAGAUCAUGGCUUCUGUGGGUGAAAAGUUAUCGGAGAAAGAACUCACGACCAUGUUACGCGAGGUAGAUACGGAUGGCGACGGUCAAAUAAACUAUCAAGAAUUUGUAAAAAUGCUGGCAAAAGACAUCUAAAAUACAUUUCAUCUUUAUUGUGAGCAUGGCAUUUAUCUCCUUGAUAAUAAAACAGCCCCUUCUCCCCAAUUUUUUUGAAAAAAAAGAUAGAGGCAUUUUUUUUUUUCAGAAAACUUUAAUUUUAAAAUAGAUUUUUUUUUAGAAAAAUAAUAAUAAAUGUCUGACACUGG